CCUGCCAUACAAAAGGUAACCUGAACAACCCAGCCAGUUUUUGGUGCAAGACAAUGAACGAGAAAUUUUGCGACACUUGUAAGGUACACCUUCAUGAUAUCAUACAUACUGAUUGUGAUAUACUUAAUGUCACCGGAAACCAUAGCAAACGACCAAACAAGGAAACGUCUGCCCCUCGAUGUUAUCAACACGGCGAGAGAAUGGUUCGGUAUUGUGAGGACCACCAACUUCUGUGCUGCAACGAAUGCGUGAUCGACGACCAUAGGAGUUGUGGAAAAGUACCAAAGGUGACGGAAUAUUGUCAGAAGGUAAAAGCAGGGUCGCAGCUAGAAGAUAUGCAGGUGGCGUUGAAGAAAGGAACAGAGAGUAUGAACUCAUUAGUGAAGGACUUUGAUGAACAGCUCCAAACCAUGAUACAGAACCAGGAAAUAGCACUACAGAGCAUCUCCGACCUGCGUCAAAAGGUCGAUACACGAUUGGACAAACUUCAGAAGAACAUCACAGACGAGUUGAUUACAUUGUUCAAAAAAGAGAAAAGAGACAUGGAGGCAUCAUCACGGCAGUGCGAACGUCUGAUGAAUGGAAUGAAAAAUACCUUGAAGUCAUCCAUUAAAGCCGUAGAGGAAAACGACAACAUGGAGACAAUAAUGCUGUAUCAGAGAGGACAGGCAGAAUUGAAGUCGUGUAAGACCCUUGUCACGGAGAUCAGCAAGUCAUUCACAUCCGUCAUCAUCGAUCAUCAAAUUGUGACCGGACAUAAUACUAUUAGUGAUAACACAAUGGGAAAGAUCGUCGUCGGGAAAACACCACGAUGUAUACCCGGGUGUCAUAGCGAUUUAGAAAAACCAAUGUCAGAACGACGUGUGAAAGAAAUCAGAAAAUUCAGCAUCAAGUCUCCGUCAGAUACAAAUGAUUGCUCUGUCCGUGGUGUUGUGAACCUACCAUGUACCCAAAUAUUAGUAAGUGAUUUCAACAACCAAAAGCUGAAAUUGUUUACAGACAAAGGACACUACCUGGACGAGUUGACUGUUCGGGGACGUCCCUGGGAUAUGUGUCUGGUGGACAACAACACGGUGGCGGUCGCUGUCGAGUUGCCCGGUGGUAUACGUGUCGUAAAGGUCAAGGCCUCAAAACUCUCCCUGGCAUCUGAUAUCAACAUGUCAAAUGGUAAACAAUGUUAUGGUAUAACACAUAUAGACGGGAGGUUUGUCGUGGGUACAAGUGGAGGAGAAUUAUACAGUGUGACACAGGCUGGAGCCGCCGAGUUGUUAUACGAAUAUAACAACAUAUGUUGGUCCCUCACUCAAGACCAAAUAAAGGGAGACACACUCGUCAGUGUCCGUAACAAGAUCCCGGGGGACGUUGCGGUGUCAAGACUGUCGGCUGACCAACGUCGUACGGAUGUGAUAAAGGUCGGUGUCGUGAGGUAUGCUAGAGGAAUUGACGUGGACAGGGAGGGUAACAUCUACAUGUGUGGUGGGGAAUCAAACAACAUUGUACAGAUGGCUGCGGACGGAACACGCGUCAGGGAACUUUUGACGUCAUCAGAUGGAAUUCAAUCUCCAUGGGCUAUAGCUGUUUAUGGUGACACAUUUGUGGUAACUAAUGAUAGUACUACUGACGAGAGGAACGUUAUCCGUGUCUUUCAGCUGUACUGACUAAAAUAAAGGAAAAUCAAUGUGAGCUGAACUCUUAGAAUGAAGGUGUAUAACCUAACGACAGAAUAAACACCGUGCAUCAAUUAUAUAAAUUUUAUUUCAGACAAUAAAGAGCUGGUGUAAACACAAAAAAAAAUCAGUUUCUCAAAAUGUUUAGGAAUAUUUCAGUGUGAUGUGUGUGAAACCUACAGCUUUACAACAAGGCAAAUCAAAUAAAAUCAUAUAUUUAAA